UCAUGUUGCUCCGACACGACGCAAGACGCAGGGGCGCAGCGAAUAACGGGGACUGCUGAUCAACAUAACAAUAAGACAGAUUUACAUGGGCUAUUACUUCGGCAAUCACACACCAGCAUCGGAUGUUUUUCCAGUUUUUCUCGGACAAAAAAUCUAAACAUGACAGGAAUACCAGCUUCUAUCUCCAGACUGUUUCUUCGUGCGUAACUGUAGGCUACCCACUUUUUUGCUGCUGAGGAGAUAUCUAAUCUAAGAAUCUCAUGUAGGCCAUAAGAAUCAAUACUUAUGUCAUCAGGAAAUGUUUAUUAUGGACAAAGCAGCUCGUGUAAAAGCCGGUGUCACACGCUGUUCCAAAGUGGUGGGAAAAAUAACAGCCAGGACUCACUUUUCCACAACGGAAAUGAGCUCAGUCCCAUUGGCUGGCUCCGCUUCUUCUAAACGUGGGUGAUGUAACUCCAUGUAGUCCAGGACCUGGAUCUGACAUUAUUUGACUUCUGAAUACAAACUGCUUUGUAUUGGAAAGAUGUUUGCUGGACUGAUGGGACUGGAAUGUCACAGAAAAUCUCAGUUUCACCACAGCGAAGUCACGGAAGGUGGCAGAGCAUCAGGGACAUCUGGCAGCUCUGGUCAUAAGAGGCUCCACCGAAGACCAGGGUACAUGAGAGGAGAGCAGUCCAGGCUACAGAGCAGGACUUAUGGACAGGAGCAGGAGGAGGAGGAGGAAGAAGGGAGGAUGUCUCGCAUUAGAAAUGACAAAUCAAGACAUCCCAGUGACAUCACUGAUGCAUCCAGUUCUCAGGGGAGGAGUCUAACACCUGCUGUCAGAGUGUCCUUAAUGAAUCAGCAACAGCCUGAUAAAUCCACAUGUAGCUCCUGGACGAGUCCUGUGAACUGUCCUCUGGACUGCUGUGCCAUUAAUGGUGCAUCCAGCCUUUGGGAUCAGUCCUCACUGCUGCAGACCAAAUUCAGGUUAAACCCAAGUCCAGCACUACAGUCCUCCUCACAGGACUCCUUCAAUUCCAGCUUCAGUUUCAUUCAACAGUCACUCAACACCAGCCAGAGAACAGACUCCACCACUGCUAUGCCUGUCCGAGAACCAGAACCACUAAAUCAGUCAAGUAAAGUCCCCAGUUCACCUCAAACAAAACCAGCAACCUUACUCAUCAAUGCCUCAAAACAUUCAAAUCCCAUCCAAUCAUCACCGUCCUCUGCUCCAGGCAGCCAGGCAGAGAGAGAGAAUCUGUUUUGGCAGGAAUGUCAGUGGGGUGGCACGGAGGCUAUGUCCGGCCUGCCUGACUCUGACUCCCGGUAUGUGGACGUAGAGAUCACCUCCUCCCUGUCUGUGGACUCAGACAGUGCCUCCACCUCCUCUGUCACCUCUGGCUACGAGAGUGCCACGCUAACCUCUGACCAAGGCUGGGACAGCCUGGUGAAGAAGUAUGAGGGUGUGCUGCAAGACUGCCUCCAAAGCAACCGCACCCACACUAAGAUUGAGUCCAUGAUGUUGAAGCUGCAGAGACUCCAGCAGAAGGCCAUUUUGGAUGAUGACUAUGAUGCAGCUGAGCGUUUUGGGAAAAAGCUGGAGGAGCUGUGCAGGGAGCGAGGAGCUCUGCUGCUGGGUUUACCCUCCAGACAGCCCAGCGUGGCUCAGUUCCUUGAGCGGCUCAGACAGGUGGUGCACAGCGCCCUCCAGAAGGCGGACUGCAGUCAGCGCAGGGAGCGUACAGAGCCUGAUGCAGGGGAGCGGUCUGGCUCGUUGCAAGGUCUGCUGCAUCGAAGAGAUCAUCUGCUCCAAGAGAAACGGCUGGUUGAGGAGGAGAUAGCAGAGCUACAGCAGAGGCUGGCACAGCUGAAGUCCCGCAGUCAAUGCCUGGAGCAACAGAUCCAGCAAGAGGAGCAGCAGGUGGAGGCUGAGGAGCUGGAGGGCUCUGUGCUGAGAAGCUGCACCUUGGCUCAGCUCCAAGACAUGAGCCGGACCCUGCAGGACCUCAUCACCUCUGAAAACCGGAUGCAGAUCUCUGUCUCUCCUCCCCCCUCCAUGCUCAGGCUCCAAAAGCGGGAGCAAGCAUUGAAUCUGUCCAUCAAGGAAGCUACUGCUAAAGUGGUCAUGAGUCAGAGGCUGGGCAGGAGCCUGAGGAGGAAAGUCAGCGAGACUGAAACACAGCUUUUGGCACUUCAUGAAGCCAAACUGGCAGCCAUCUCAGGUAAUGACUUCAGCAGCGCAAAGGAGCUGAAGGCUGAGAUGAAGGCGGUGUACCUGGAGCAAGACCGGCUAGAGGCUCUGGCCAAGAGGUCGCACAGCCUCAGCUCAGGGAGUAGCCAGGAACUGGCCAGGAUGAAGGAGCAGCGACAGCAACUGAGGCAGGAGCUGGAGCAGAGGGAGGCCCGGCACGAAAGCCUUCUGAAAGAGAACACUGCCAAAUAUAUUGAGCUAUUGGAGGACAGAUUGCGCAGCUGUGGCUGUACGGGCUUAGAGCGGAUCUGGGAAGCCGAUCUGGAAGCGUGUCACCUGUUCUUGCGAGGCCUCCAGCUGUGGACUCCUAGCUGCAGUGGAGCAGACACUGAAGACCUCCCUAACGCAAUAGGUUAUGCUCCAACCCAGCCAUGCACAAAAGAAGAAGAAGAAGACUGUGCCAUGCUGACUGCUUUGGGAGGACGCUGGUGUCCCGAGGCUAAUUUACAGAACUCAGAGUUCACUAAGAAACUGGAGGAGUUUUUGUUCUGCAUGGAGGAGACUCACCCAGAGGACGGGUGCAGUGAGGCUGCAGACCUGACAGAGCGCUGUGAGCUGAUCAGUGACAGACUAAUGACCUUAGAAGAUGAAUUGCAGACGGCCAUACUGAACCGGGACCAGGCUCUCACCCAGUCUUUAGAAAGGGAGGUUCAGGAGGUAAAAGCCACUUUACAAACCAUGCUUGCACAACUUAAAGAGGAAGAAGCAGAGGACGAGGAAGUGAACGAGUCACAAGAUGAUGACCUCAUGAAAAAUGGGACUGAGGAAGAAAAUGAAGAUGAGAACGAUGAGGAAGAAGAGGAUCAGUACUUCAGUGACAGCUGGGACAUUUGAAAUAGAUGCCCUGUAGUGCUUUAUGACCACUCACACACAGACCCACUCUCUGAGAGCCUGACCUCGGCUUUGCAGUAGAAGUGACCCCAUACCCAUUUACCAUAAAGCCUCACUGAAAGCCCUUUACAAAGAACCUCUGAUACUGCUGCAAGUUUCCAGCACAAAGCCUUAAGAAGUGUGAAAAUACUUUACCCAUCUACAAAAGGAAAAACAUAUGAAGGAGAUCGAUAUAAACAUAAACUAUAAGACACUUUAAUGCAAAUUUUAGAAGUUCCUCAAAUCUUGCCAGCCUCGAUUUAACCAGGUAAAGCGUGCCUUAUGCCACUGAGCUUACAUAAUGAUUAUUUAUUCAGUUACAUGUGUUGUUUCUUCUUUCAAAGGUUUGAUCAUAUUACUUUUAAUGAAUGAAUUUUAGGACCAAGUGAACAAUCAAAACAUUUCCCAGCAGUUACAUGCUUGCACAUCAACUAAAACACUUAAUUUCGAGGUCACUUUGCCACUUGUUGGACUACAAUUACAUGUCAUUUUGUACAUGAAAUAACUCGUGUGGUGCUACAGAAUGGGAACUAACUUGAACACUUUAUUUUUCUUUUGUGUGUGGAAAAUGCAAUAUUUAGAUUUUCUUCGUCCCAAUCUGAAGCAGUGCGUGCUUAAAGAGAUGCGAGGUAUUUUAAAAUAUAUCUGUCACAACUCUGUCUUAUGCAUGUAGAAAUUGCUGAAGGAUAAAAUAUCAGUGGGCACAUAAAAUAUGUUUGUAACUACUGUUUGUUUUUUAUAACAAUCUGCCACUGGUUGUUUUUUGUGUCAGCUCAGAAUAUUCUUGUUCAUUCCAUCUGUCGUCACGUGACUUUUUUUUUGCCAGAAACAUUUAAGUGCUUUCACCCAUUAAUCAGUUUUUUAAUUUACUUUGCUGCUUGAACUCGCUGUAUUGUAUUUUAUAUUUAUUCCUCACAGCAUCUUGCUAAUUACAGCAUGUACCGUUCAGCCUAGACUUGUGUGUCCUGCUGUUUUCUUCUCUUAUUGAGUUACAGCCCCUCGGGUAGUAUGGCUUCAUGUAAAGUAUUCAGGCAUGCUGCCAGGCAGGUGGGGUCACUGAUGACAUGUAGGGGAUAUCAAUACUGUAAUAAAGGUCUUCUAGUGAGGUCUUUCGGGGAUACAUGGGUUUCUAUUGUUAUCUUACCUUGCCAGCAGCAGUGUGGCUAAUUGGGAGGCAGCCACACUGAGAACAUGAAAAUGGGAUGGUGUUGCUUUGUCUUCAUCUGAUUUCGCUGUGUUUUUGGAGCAGAGGGCUGCUGAGGGAUCCUCACAGGCGGGUCUCUAGUCCUGCGCUAUGGGCUGUAAACACAGCUGAGUGCUCAGGGUUUUUGCCACAGCAGCACAAUAGGCCUUUCUCACAUUACUGCCAGGUUGCAAACCACUUGCCAGGCCAGAAGUCUCUACAUCUAUCAGCUUCAGGCAGUGUAUAGACGGAGCCUGGCACGCACACCAUUUCUGCCAAACACCCCCACCUCAUAAUUGAAUCUGUGCUUGCACCACACUGUGCCCUGCAUGGCAGCUCUGCUCAUAAAAUGGCCAUGGAGAAAAACCCAGAUGGUUUUCAGCAGGCAGCUAUAGGCUGCUGUAGCAGGGAGAGCUGUCUACUGAUGUAAUACAAAGCACAAGGUUCUUUGUCUCUACAGUUUGGUUGCUAUGAUAUUGUACAAUGUAAUGACAUAGUAUUAUUUAUUAGCAUAUCAUUAUAUUCAGUUUUCUUUUUUUCCCAUACAAUCCAUCUGAUCUACCCCUUAGUUUCUGUUAAGCCUUAGGCACAAAUGCAGUUUAUAGUGAUUACAGUGUCAGAUUUACCAUUUGAAAUUCAUAGUUAUUUUCAAAGCAGAGGGUACUUCAUUUCAGACAGAGGUAGACAAAAGCAGGCAUCUCAUUUCUAGUUGGCAACCAUCAAUUUGUUGGCUGAAAUUACCACUGUCAUUAGCAGAUUUUAUCAGCUGUAGCUAACAAGCCAAGUUAAGAGAAAACACUGUCUCCAGCUAAUUAUAACCCCACAAAAUAAUGUAGUAUGAAAUUCAGAUUAACAAUCUUCAAACAGUAGAUGGAUGUGCUGUUUAGUCAAUUCCUUACACUUUUCUCACUGUAUAAUACAUCAAUCUAUAUAUAUUGUGACAGUUUUUCAGUGAAAAGAGGCAAAUGACUUCAUUCCAGUACAAACUUACUGAUUAAUUUUAAGA